CGCUGCAUCCACUGGCAGCGGCCUCCCGAGCCUGAAGACGACAGCGCGCGGCUUGAUGGCAUGACUUGUAGUAUCCGUGCUGCAGUAGCGGCGGGCCAAACUUCUGCCGAGACACAUCUGCUCAAAUAGAAACAAUACGAGCGGGGGGAGAAGGUUUCUUUCCUUUGCCUGUCAUGGGCGGGAGCAAUCGUGACAGCACAGCAGCGCCGCAGACCGCCAGAUGCGUCUUAUGCAAGCCUUCCUCGAGGGUGUGUGUGUGUGUGUGUGUGCCGCCCGCAGUCGCUGGGCCCACCCCCGCAUGUACGCCCACGCUUCCCCGGCUUUCCGCAACCCGCGCUGUCUCAACCACGCGUCUCGAUUAGGCAAGACGGCAACUUGAUUGCACGCAGGGGGUCGAAAGGGAGGAACCU